ACUGUUCCAACUGUGUCUUUUUGACCAAAAAAAUAUUUAAAAGACGUGUACAACAUAUUAGCAACCAUCUCGCGUUGUUUCUGUGGUGAUGGGAAGGGUUGCUAUCUUGUUUCUUUUGUUGAGACGGUUGUCUGUCAAUUUUGUCCGACUCAGCUAACCCUAGUUAUCGGCAUGACUAAUUCCUCCUAGUACAACUGUCAACGGCCAAGUAACAGUACCUUAGAAGAGACAGUUACAUUCGUAAUGCCCAAAAAGAAAACUGGUGCCCGGAAAAAAGCCGAGAGUCGUAAAGAACGAGAGAAACAGAGUCGAGCCAACCGGGACAAUGUUGAUGUCGCCAAACAUCCCUGCAAUUCUGCAAUGGAGUGUGACAAAUGUCAGAGAAGGCAGAAGAACAGAGCUUUCUGCUACUUCUGUGCUUCAGUGCAGAAGCUGCCCAUGUGUGCCCAGUGUGGCAAAACCAAAUGCAUGAAGUCAUCAGACUGUGUCGUGAAGCACCCUGGGUUCCACAGCACUGGAAUGGGCAUGGUGGGGGCAGUGUGUGACUUCUGUGAAGCAUGGGUGUGCCAUGGCAGGAAAUGCUUGAGCACCCAUGCGUGCAUGUGUCCACUGACUGAUGCAGACUGCAUUGAAUGUGAACGCUCUGUCUGGGACCAUGGGGGGCGAAUAUUUCGCUGUUCCUUCUGUCAGAACUUCUUGUGUGAGGAUGAUCAGUUUGAACACCAAGCGAGCUGCCAGGUGCUUGAAGCAGAAACAUUCAAAUGUGUGUCCUGCAACAGACUGGGGCAACACUCCUGCCUGCGUUGCAAGACUUGUUAUUGUGAUGACCAUGCCAGAAGUAAGGUAUUCAAACAUGAGAAAGGCAAACCACCACCAUGUCCUAAGUGUGGUCAUGAAACCCAGGAAACCAAAGACCUCAGCAUGUCAACUCGCACCGUGAAAUUUGGCCGACAAAGUGGCACUGAUGAGGAAAGUUACGGCUAUGGAGCGUCGGGGUACGACUCGUACUGGAAAAAUGCAGCAUCUGAAUGCAGAGAGGAAGGGGAAGACUAUGGUGUUGAUGACUAUGAAGAUGAUGAGGAUGAGGAGGAUGAUGACGAGGAUGAUGAUGAUGAAGAGGGGGAGGAAGAAGAGGACGAAGGAGAGACAGCUGCUGAUUCCCUGGCUGGUCUUAAAAUGGAUGAGACCCGAGCUUGAGGUUUUAAGAGAGAGUAACUCUCUCGCAUCUCUUUGCCCAGAAAGGAAGAAUACAUCAUUACGCAAAAGACUGUAAAUGUUCUCAUUUACUUGUACUUAAGGUCAGGUCAGGAAUUGAUUUAAAUAAUUGAUUUUAAUAAUUAAAGAAAUUUAUUUUCAAUGAACCUGUUAUGAAUUUUGCCAUCUUGUGUAAUGAUGCAACUUAAAACAUGGGACAAAUCUGUAACAAUUAAAUCAUGGUUCCCCCAUCAUAUGAUCAUUAUUAUUCUAUUGAGGAAUUAAAAGCCUUGAU